AUGACUAUCAUUACCCGAAAACGAUUCCUUACAUACACCUAUGGGGUCAUUACCGCGUUAUGCAUGUUCAUCAAUGGUUACGAUGCCUCUGUCUUUAACAAUCUUCAGGGGAUCCACAGCUUUAUGGAUUAUAUGGGCCUUGAUGGGCAGAACCCGGCGGAUCAGAGUAUGAUUGGUGCAGUCACAUCAUGCUAUAUGGCAGCUACGAUUGUCGCAGGCCUUCUUCUAUCACCUCCAAUCUCGCAUUACCUCGGUCGCCGUGCUACCAUUUUUGCUGGCUGCCUCGUUGUGAUUAUCGCCUCUCUUAUCCAGACAUUUAUCGGAGGGCGAAUCGUACUUGGAAUCGGUCAAGGAAUUGCAUUGCCAGCUGGACCCGUCUUCAUGAGUGAGAUUUGUCCCCCUGAAGUGCGUGGUCGCAUGAUUUCCUUUUGGCAAAUGAUGUACUCUGUCGGUGCCCUCGUUGUAUCCUAUACUGCUGUUGGCACCGAGAGCAACACAGGGCUUGGGCUAUGGCAGUGGAAAACAAUCACUCUGCUGCAGGCACUUAUCCCCUUGGUUUGUGGUAUAGCAAUUUGGCUUUGCCCCGAAUCUCCACGUUGGCUGGUCCAAAAAGGCAAGAUCGAAAAAGCAAAAAGAGCCCUUUUGCGUGUUCGGGAGGAAAAUGAAGUGGAAGAGGAAAUAGAAGCAAUCCAAACUGCCAUCAAAUGGGAACAAGAGAAUACGUCUAACUCACUCAAGGAUUUAUGGAGAGAAAAAAGCAUCCGCAAGAGACUGUUGCUCGGCUCGAUUAUUAAUUUUGGACAACAGCUCACUGGUCAAUCAAUGAUGAACAACUAUUCGACCAAAGUCUAUCAGACAGUUUUCGCCAGCGACUCGACUAUUUUGUUGAUCAAUGCUCUGAACUAUACCUUUGGCAUUCUCUUCACCCUUACUUGCACGUUCUUCUCCGAUCGUAUGGGUCGCAAAUCGAUGCUGGUCAUAGCUGGUAUCGGUCAAGGUUUGAUGCUUCUCAUUGCAGCUACCGUGUAUCUAACUACACCAGCUACAUAUGAUGAUGAAGGCAAUUCUCUAAAGUCCACUGGUGUUGGUGUUGCCUUGGUGCUCGUAAUGUUCCUGUUCACUUUCUUUUACAAGCCAGGCUGGGGUGCCACUGUAUGGAUCUACACAUCUGAAAUCUUCCCUAUGAGCGUACGUGCCAUGGCUGUGUCAAUUUGUACUAACGUUCAAAACACAUCAAACUUGGUUAUGGGACAGGCUUUCCCACCAAUGUUUACAUCUAUGGGAUUCUACUCAUUCUACGUAUGGAUGGGUUGUGAUUUUGUACUUGCAGCGCUUGUAUGGUUCUUCUAUCCCGAAACAAAAGGCGUUCCACUUGAAGAAAUGGACCAGCUUUUUGGUAAUACUUCAAAGACUGAAGCGGUAACGCGUUAUCAUGCAGAAGACGAUAUCCCGUACAAAGAUGAAAAAUCGGCGUAA